AUGUCGUGGACCAAUGAAAUGUGUUUGGAGUUCCUAGAACUUUACAAGCAAGAACCUAUCCUUUGGAACCCUAAAUACCCGAACGCUCAAAAUAGAAACUCGGUAAUGGAGGCGUGGAGGCGAAUAAAAACGUCAAUGAGCCAACAAGUUUCAAUUGCGGAACUUAAGAAGAAAAAAGAAUCUUUAAUGACUAGUUAUCGGUCAAAUGUUAAGAAAGUACUUGGUACAGGCGGCAAAUACAACGUUCAGUGGUUUGCUUUUGAUAUUAUCAACAGUUUUCUCGCUGACAUAUAUUCACCCACAGUUAAAAAGGACGACAAUAACAUAUCACUCAAAGACAUCACAGAAGAUCAUCAAUACCUAGGCAAUGUGAGUACACAUAGCACUAUGUCAAAUAACAGUGAGGUCAGUACAAAAAAAAUUGUUUAUUUGAAAAGGAAGCCAGAGGAGAAACGCGAAACUCUACAUGCAAUCAGUAAUGGAGAACUAGACGAAUGUGAAUUAUAUACUCGAUUAUUAACAAAUAAAUUAAGAAGACUUGAUGAGCAUCAGAGAGACCUGGCUAUGCAUGAGAUUGAUAAUAUAAUGUUUACAGCGAAAAUGCAAAGUAUGAACUCACAACCUCAUAAUGCGAAUCUUACUACAAACUCGGUGCCUAGAAAAACUAGAUCACCGUUGUUCAUUGUUACACAAGCAACUGAACAAUAUGAUGAAGAAGAUGAAAGUAUACAAUAUCUGGAUGAAGACCCUAUGGAGGAAUCAAAGAAUUAAGUUUUUACUUUUUUGUAAUACCAUGCCGAGGGAAUAAUAAUUAUAUUAUUUAGGUGUGCAUGUUCCAUCGUCGACCUCGUCGUCACUUUCCAUCAGGUGAGAUGGAGUUCAAAUGCGUACACUGAUUUUUUUAUUUAAAAAUAUUGUCUCCCUGCUGGCUGUUCAGCAUUUUUAUGCAACAUACUUAGCAGUACAAUGACUAGUUGAAAGUAUGCAGUAUUUGGAGGUAAACAAUGUGGAGAGAUCAAAGGUUAAACUAAUAUUUUCUACUUCACUCUACGAUAAACAUUCUUUUAAUUAGAUUUUUUUUAAAUUAUUUGACCACCUGAGUUUUUGUGGUUAGUAUGGCGUAAUAGAAUUUUCCAAGUUGAUUUGUAACAUACUAACAAUCUCACAGAACUAGGCUGUGUUACUAGCAUUUGUUGUCGAACAACUCAUCAACUUUUGUUCCAUGCCUUUUAAUAAUUUUAGUCGGGUGCCAAAAUAAAAAUAUUUAAAAUAUAUCGCUCUAAACGGUGGUAACACUGUGCGGUCGCAAAAUAAAGCACCCACCGCCAAAAUUUAUUUUUGUGAAUGACAGCACG